CGUGACCUUCCUGGUCGAAUAUCAUCCAUCUUCUCGACUUUAGUUUUGAGCUCUGCCUUCUCGUCUCUUGUAUUCUUUAAAAGUGACCUCAAGCCUGAGUUGCUGGAGAUGCGUCCCCUCUCACCCUCGCUUCUACUUUCCUACAUUCGUCUGGAUUCACCCGAACCAAUGGACAUGCAGACACCUUACAUGACUUCCUCUCCUGUCGUUACCCACCUCUCCUCUUAUCUCUCGCCCCCACCAUCAGAGCAGGAGGUGGACUACCAGGUCCCCCUUUCGCCAUCCAGUCAUGGCUCGAUGUUCUCCCACUUUAUGCCGCAACAGCAACAGCUAGCGCCGCAGCAGCACUGCAUGCCAAUGUCGCACAUCUUACCGCCCUCUUUCUCCCUCCAGACUCCUACUGUUUCAUCGGGUUCGGUGGUCCAGCCUGAUUCCCUCUCGUUCCAUGCCCAGCACCCUCCACCUACUCAACAACAAAAUUCUGCACAGCAUCACGAAAUUCAAUCCAAAAAACGCGGUUCAGAUUGUCCAUCAACAUCAACCCAACACUGUGGCGGUUCGGCGAGCAGCUCUACGCCUCCGCCCCCGAAAAGAUCACGGGCCGCACCAUCUGGACCCAUCAGUACAAAGGACUGGGUACCACCAGAUGUCACUGGACUUAACAAACGCGAAGCCCGUCUCGUGAAAAAUAGGGCCGCGGCUUUUCUAUCCCGUCAGCGCAAAAGGGAGGAAUUCGAAGCUAUGGAGGGACGAGUCAAAGCUCUUGAAGCAGAAAAUGCCAGGCUCCGACAAAAUGCCCCGCCCCAACUACGGGACACCUCUGAAAACGAAGCUCUUCGUGCCCAGCUACGAGAGUCCGCAGCGAGGGAACAAGCGCUCCAACAACGAAUCCGGGAGCUGCAAGAGGCAUUGCUGGAUUCUACUUCACCCCCGAGACCGUCAUUCACUAAGAGUUUAACAGCGUCACCGAGUGCGGUUUCGUUGGCUUCUAUCCCCCCGCCCCCUGGGGUCGAAUCGGACGACGACGAUGAUACUUCUUCAGUUUCUUCGUCCAGUGCUGUCACCUGUUCAGGCGGGAUGACGAAGGAUAAAGAUAAAUCCCACGGUAGCGUCGCGUUCAUGGUGAGUUCUUCAUCUCAGGCAUCCAAGUAGUGUCCAAGUCGCUGAUCUACAUCUUCUGCGAAACUCCUUGACUGUUGCUACCCAAUAAAUUUUCACACAAUCCUCGUCACAUGCAUCUCC